AUGGCCGAAGUCAGUGAAGAUGCAGCUCCAGUCGUAGCUGUGAGUGAAGGGAGAGAGCACGGGCCAAGAGGAGGCUCCCUAAGCGCUGAUACAGACGUUCAAAGACAAAGGGUUCCAACUGCUGGUGAGGGAAGGGGGGUUAGGCGUGGAGGUAGAGGUCGUGGAAGAGGAGCGAGACGAGGGCGUGGAGGCGGCAGAUUAAGGAGUGCGAAUGGCAGUCAAAUAGGAGGUAUUGAUGGGGCAACGCAGUAUAGGGCGAACAUGCGUGCUUCUACCCAAAGUUUAAAGUGGGAGCAAAAAAUCGUUACCCAAGUUCUGAAGACGGUUGGGGUCAAUGCUUUUCUUGCUUGGCGAAUGUUGGGGUGCAAGGUUUUGCUCUGUUCUGCUUCGUCUUUUGGUGGUCUUGAUAAAUUUAGAGACGCUCUCAACCGAUGCCAGUCGUUGGCAGAUUUUAUUGCUGAUGUAUCUGGGGAUCUACUACAACAUGCAGACAACCUACAAAAGAACGAACAAAAUGGAGAGAAAGGUGAUCACAGUGGCACUGUCACAGUAGUUAUAGGGGAUGAAGACGCGAAGGAGUUGUCCCGAAAAGCUUUAUUGAGGAAGCGGUGUCGUUUGUUGUGGUUCAAUCAUCAAAGCGGACGAAAGCUUAGAAUUAAUGUGCAAGAGCACCCGCCUUGCUCUACAGGGAAAGACGUGUGGUGUGCUUUGUGUGGAAAUGUGAAGCAUAAUGAGGACAAAUGGCGUGGAAGGCGGACUGGUAUUAAGCGCGGGACAUGUCAUGUACAUUUAUGUACAAAGACGCAUACAGGACAGAGAGGGAGUUGCUGGAAUAUUUGGCAUAAUACAAUGACUCUUACCCCUCGUGCGACGAGUCCCCACAAAAACAGGUUUGGUAAUUCGUCUCGGCAUUCUACUACACCUGAUCAGAGUGAAGCCAGGCGCCCUGAGAUUCCGAGCCUAAACGUUGAUUCACUCCCUCCCAGUGAGAAUGAAAACCGGGAAGCCACAGCGUCAGCGAGGACUAGCCUCAGGAAGAGGAGGAGACGUACGUAG